CGCCUGGAUUCGAUUUGGAGCCGAAGACCUAUAGCGAGGCAGGUGUUGGCGCAGCUGAGUCCUGUCCACCUUCUCCGCAGCUAUGAGUUUGGACCCGAGGCCCGUGGGAGCGGCUGGCGGCACCAGCGAUAGUGUGCAGCAGCAGAGGGACCGCUGGGAGAGGAAGAGGGCCAGAACAGCCCGGGAGCUGGUUCUGACCGAGCAGAAAUACUGCCAACAGCUGGAGCUGGUCACCACGUACUUUGUUGAGAUUCUGAAAGCCAAAGGAACCCUCAGGCAGGACAUUAGAGAAAGCAUCUUCAGCUCAAUUAAAUCCAUUCAUUCAGUAAACCAGGCAUUAUUGGCCUAUUUGGAAGAUGGGAAGUUUGGACUCGGCUUUGAGAGAUUCUGUCCUCACCUGAACUACUACUAUACCUAUGCAGACAACUUCCAGAAGGCCUCCAAGGUUCUGCAGAUACAAGUGAAGAAGAACAAGGCCUUCAGACGAUUCAAGAAGCUGCAGGAGUCGCGGCCCGAAUUCCGCAACUCAAAGCUGGAGGAUCUGCUGCCUCUGCCUCUCCAGCGCAUCCAGCAGUACAAGCAUUUCUUACGGGACCUGGCAGAAAACACUAGCCCAGAGCACCCAGAAUUUCCUCAGUUCUCAAGGGCGGUGAAGGCAAUCUCGGGGGUGUCUCAGCGUAUCCAGGACAACGCCCGCAGCCACGAGAACCACCUGCAGAUGCAGAGGGUGCAAAAACUGCUGAAAGGACGAAAGACCAAGGUGUUGGCUCCAGGCCGCUGGUACAUCCGAGAGGGCUGGCUGAAGGCCGUGCCCCCUAAGGGUGCGGAGGCCAAGCCUAAGAUGUUCUUCCUGUUCUCCGACAUCCUGCUCAUGGCCAAGCCCUGCAGCCCGCUGCAUCCCACCAACGGCGACAAGUACGCCUGCCAGCGCGUCUACCCCCUCAAAGAGUGCACCGUGGACAAGGUGUUCGGCCACACCAGGAGUCAGGGAGGUCUGAUCAGUCUGACCUUCACUGAAGACAAACUCCUGCUGAUGUCCAGCGACCAGGAGGACAUCAACGACUGGUACCGGAGCCUGUCCGCGGCCAUCGGGCAGCUCAGGUCGCGGAACACGGCGGUGCACCGGAGAGACGACCUGUGCCGACGACCCCUGCGGUCCGCUGAGGACCGCAGCGAGCCCAACACCCCCGCGGCCCCACCCCCCAGCAGGAAGAGGGCCAUGGUCACAGCCGAGCCCAAGGAGCAGAGCCGCGACCCCUGCAGCCCCCGCUCCCCUGCGGGAGGGGGCCAAGGCAGCGCCUCGAAAAGGAUGAAGCUGUCAGAGGCUCCUGCGGCAAGUUCUCAGGAGUCAGCCGGAUCCAGCUGUGUGAUUCUGUAACGGGCUUCUGGGAGGCGCCAGGCCUGACCGCCGCCCUGUCUCCAAAGAGCUGCGGAAUAUCUGACACUGGGAACUGAGACAGGAAUGUGGUUAAGAAUGAGGUUAGAGGAAUAUCAGGGUAUCAGUGCUCACUGACUUAUAUAUUUAGGCAGACCUGAUUAACCAGUGCAUUUCCAGUCAACCUUUAAAAAAAAUGUAUCCUUAUUAAACUGCUUCAGUGGCU